UCUUAAUUUUUGAACAAAGCUAACGAGUAGCCGGUCAGUAGUGUUCAACGUUGGUGUACGCAACUUUUCGGGAAAGAGUAAAACCUACGCCAAAAAUAUAAACAAAAUGAGUUCGAAAGAAAAUAACGAAGUUGCUGUCGAAAAAAUCGACAACGACAAAAGUGCGGGCGACGCGAAAUGUGAGUUAAAAGGCACGAAGCGAGCGGCGGAGGAAAAAACGGAAGAAGUAAAAAAGGCGCGAAAAGAAGAGAACGGCGCGGGCUCUGAGGGCGAAGAGUUGGAUGAAGAAGAGGAAGAGGGUGUUGAAGGAGAGGAAGACGAUGACGAAGAAGAACUUCCCGAAGGUGACGACGAGGAGCUCGAAGGCGAUGAUGAUGACGAGGAGGAUGUAGAGGGUGAGGAAGGGGUAGACGAAGAGGAAGACGACGCAUAAUGGAGCAGGUGGUCGACAACCCACUGUGCGACUUGUGACGGACUCCUCAGCGCAAAGUCUCGAGCUACUUUGUGGCCAAACUAAUUUUUAAGUUUAAAAAAAAUAAAUCAGUUUUAAAUAAAGUGCGUUUCAUGCUAGCCAUACAAUCUCACCGUGAACCAAUGUUAAGAAUGUCAAUGUUUGUAGCAGCCACCAUAGAAGCAGGAUCUUCUACAUUCGGCCACAGGCUACCUCGCGACCUUUGCUUGAGCAAGAACUGUUCAGUGACCGUGUGUGAACUGCGUGUAAUCCGCGGUACCUGACUCUUCUAACUUAUUACUACGUAUCCCCUUCAAUUUGUAAAAAAAUUGUCCAAUUUAUGUAAAGCUAGGUAUAAAUUUUAGAUUAAGUUUGUCUCUGAAUACAGUGUCUUUUUUUUAUUGAUUAAUUAAAUACUUGUACAAAAAAUGUUUUUUGAAAAUGUUUUUUGAAGAUGUCGCUGAACCCGCGGCUUUCGUUACGAAAGCCUUCAAAAAAUGUAUUUCUAUUUGGGAACGACCGUUAUUGUGUAAUGGUUGUACCAGUCUGUCGAGCGCAGAAGGGCAAUAAGGUGUUAACUUGUAGGCUAACAUAGAACUUAGUCGAAAUAUGUUUUUAAAUCCGUGUGUUUUACUAUAUGUACGAUGAUACAUAGUUUUUAUUUCUUUUUUUAUGAAUGUAUUUAAUUAAAAAAUACGGUUUAAUGCGGUGCUAGUCGUCGCCUCUUGUACACUGCCAAAUUCUCGUUGUAAAUUACACGGCCAACUCGUACCUUCACUUUUGUCAAGUUACGACGAACCAUUCAAUCCGUUACAAUUUUCACUAGCGUCGCAUUUUCAUUUUUAUAAUUUUGUAAAAUUAUUUUAUUACCAUAACUUGACAAAAGUUUUCAGGAUGAGUUCUCCGAGUAAUUGACCUGAAAGAUUUGGCUGAACUCAUUCCAACUAAUUUGUUUGUGACAACCGGGUGAUCGCACUUCUCUUCUAUAUUAUAUUUUUACUACAGAAAAAAUGUUUGUCUACCUAAUAAAAAAUGAUCUGUAGAAAUUGAUUUGUAACAGUGUUGUAUGACUUUUGAGUGACCUAUAAACGAUGGAUACAAAUUGUUUCAUA